AUGGGCCACAAAUUCUCCGUCGUCAAGGGUGUCAAGUCAGGGAAUUUCUACGAGCAAGGAAACGCCAUCAACGAAAUUUGGGUAGGAGAUUUUGAGCUCAUCUCCAGACUUCCCUUUGGUGAUUCCGACAUUGGCCAGGCUGGCUGGCCCCCAGGCAAUUGGCCCAAGAUUCCCUGGCAUCAAUUUAUCAUCCCUCUGAAACGAGGUCUCAACACAGUCAAGUGCAGCAGCCUCGAGUGCCGUUCCAACCUAAUUGGAAAGCCUUUGGCAACUUACGAAGACCCACUUCUCUUGACAUACCUCGGACUUCUGCUGUUGCUCCUGCUUGGGGGUGUUCUCGGCAUCGUCUCCCUGGUAUUGAAAUACAGAAGAUCUCGUUCGUCGCGUCUUCAGUACUUGGCAACGGAGAAGGCACACGCCGCUUCGCUUGCAUGA